GAUCGCAGGUCGAGGGAAACCGUACCUCACGCUGGUGGACUCGUCCUGGGAUCAAAAAUUCCAAGGACUGAGUCCUAAAAAUUGUUUUUCUAAACUACACAAAUCAAAAAAAAAAAAAAAAGAAAGAAAAUAAAUAGUGAUGUGAAAUAAUCGGAUCAAAAUUUUGCCAAAUUGUUUGGUGAUAUGGGAAAACAAAUACCAGUUGAGGAUUUGGUGAUACCGCCUCAGGAUGGUAGAAUAUGCGGUACCAUCUGUAUUUGUCAGAUGACUGCCGUUUUAUCGUCAGUUGCCUUGGUUUAUUUGACAGUUGCCAUUUAUAUGCCAUUUACAAGAGCAUUUGUCUCGGGUAUUAGUGACGUACCUGUCAUGUGUACCACCACGAGGGCUGUUAAUGCUGACAAUUGUGAUUGGGGCAGUUGUGGUGAAUGGUGUCUAUCAAAAACAUCAGGUCCAUGUGUCCAAAUUCAUGUGAAUUUACGACAAAAUGGCACAACAAUAUUAUUGGCAAAUUGUACAAAUACAACAAAUAAAACAUGCUAUGGUAUCGAUCAGGAGGCGGCUAAAAAAUCAAAAUGCAUCGCUGAUGAAUGUCGAAAUUUAACUGGUACAUUUAAUUGUACAUUGGGUGUUUGUAUCAAUAUUACUGAUGCAUUUGAGUGUAUGUUUCGCGAUACUGAUCCACCACUAAAGUGUUCAGGUAGACGUGGAAAGAUAACAUGCAUAGACAUAGAUGGUUUAUUCACGUGUAAUCGUGGGACUUGUGAAAAAAUUCGGACACCAUAUAAUUGUGAUCGUAGAUGUGUAGAUAUACCAACGAGAAAUAAAAAUAUGAUUUUAUUGAGUGGCGAUAAAGUUUAUUUAAGUCAAUGUGAAAGUGUAUUUGAAGAAGAGACAGGAAAAGAAAUUUGGAAUGAAAAUCGUGGUGAUGUGAUGAUGGCAAGUUGUUAUGGGGUUUUUAAUAGUAGUCAAGGUGUUCAGGCUGUUGAUUGUAUUAAUGGUUCGGUACUUGAAAAGGAUCUAUUAACAGAUUUGACAAAUUUUACUUAUUUAUCGUAUUUAAAUAUAUUUGCCACUAAACCAUUGGAUGAGACGAGAAAAGUAUUACCACCUGAACAGGAUUUAAUUAUUGCCAAUGAGAGUAGAUUGUUAAUUAAUUUGGAGGGUUGUGUUAAUACAUUGAGGGAUGAGUGUAAAGCAUUUUUAAUGGAUUAUGGUAAAGAUGGAUCGGAUCAUAAUGCAAGGGCAAGAUUUCCUUGUUAUUAUGCGGAAAAUAAAAAGGAGGUUGUUGUUUCGAGAUUUGAUUUAGAAACAACACAAAAGGAAUUUGUUGUUGCCUUAGUGCUGCCAAGCGUUUUAUUUGUUGUCAGUUGUCUCACAUUAAUUCUUUGUCAACGCACUGUCAUUGUUGGUGAUGAUGCGAAAAUGAGGUUCAAGGGCACCACCGGUGCAUUGACAGCAAUGGCCAUUGAGAAAAGUAUCUCCGGUAAUAUUGGAGAUGCUGGGGGAGGAGAUUCAGUCAUGGCACUCUGAGAUCCGUCACGCAUUCCCCUCCUGGAGGAGAGUCCGGCAAGACCGCCGGUUUUCUCUCUGCGCGGCCAUUAUUAAAGUGUAAGGAAGGGAGGGGAACGCGUGGUUCAAAUUCUUAAUUAAUGACACGAUUAGAUUAAAAACGCAAGCAAAU